CCGGGUGAUGUGACGUCACGCGCCCUGUCACUUGUAACUUCCGGCUUCCUACGCCGCUCCCGGAAGUUACGGCAGUCGGAGGCGGAGAUAGCGGCAGAAAGGCUUGACACAAAAACUGCAGCAUGUUGAUCAAAGUGAAGACGCUGACUGGCAAGGAGAUAGAAAUUGAUAUUGAGCCAACAGAUAAGGUGGAGAGGAUAAAGGAGCGAGUGGAGGAAAAGGAGGGGAUUCCACCACAGCAACAAAGAUUGAUUUACAGUGGAAAACAAAUGAAUGAUGAGAAAACAGCAGCAGACUACAAGAUACAGGGAGGUUCAGUGUUACAUUUGGUCCUUGCACUUCGAGGGGGUUGCUGAAGUUGGACUGCAGCCUACUGCUGUGUGGAAUGUGGAUGAUGAUGCUCCAUCCAUUGUGGGGGACUGCGGAGUGGACUGUAGUAUCCCCCACACAUCUGCUUGUUUGAUUGUAAAAUAAUGAUGUUUUUGUUUUUUGCAUGAGUUUAUUUUCAUUCCCUAAAUAAAUGUUCCCAUCUC